AUAUAAUAUAUAAAGACUGCUGCAGAGUAUUGGCAUCCUCAAUUUUUAUAUACACCACAUCGCUGGUCUACUUUCCUCACCACUCACCUACAUUAUACAUCAUCUGAUGGACGAGACCCAGCCACUCCUUUCUCCCGUACCGCCACCUACAGCCGCAGCUGGGCAAUAUCCAUACAUUCCCGAUGUGAACAUUCCAAACGAUGAGUCUUUUGAUCAUCGAAUUGAUUUCAAUCCCAACGGAGAUCCGGAAAAUCCAUUAGAAUGGCCAAAAGCUUAUCACAAUGGAGUAACUUUACUUUUAGCAUUCAUGGCAUUCACAGUGUACGCAUUUCAUCCCACCCCACGUUUAACCAAAACUUUCAAUCUCUAACUCUUCAUCAGAACAUUCACUUGUAUCGGUGUAGUUCCCAUCGCCAGACAAAUCAUCCUUGAUCUCGAGAAUCAAGAAUCCAAAUCCGCAUCCGUGCUUCUUGUUACCAUUUGGGAACUCGGAGAAGCAGCUGGUCCUUUACUCAUAGCCCCACUUUCCGAAGUCUACGGUCGAGCGGCCGUUUUUAACGUUGCUAAUGUUCUUUUUAUCAUCUGGACGGUCGUUGCAGCUAUUAGUCAAACAUCUCAUUUGUUUAUUUUGUCGAGAUUCAUGACUGGUUGCGCUGUUGCGUCUAAUGUUCUCAAUCCGGCCGUCAUUGGUGAUAUGUUACCACCUGAUCAAAGAGGUUCGGCAAUGGCAACACUCAUGCUUGCACCACUUUUAGGUGGUGCUAUUGGACCUGCUAUUACUGGAGCAAUUGCUCAAUCGAUUGGAUGGAGAAAUGUUCUUUGGUUUGCGGCGGGUAUGGCUGGAGUUUGUGAGCUUGCUUUCGUUUUCCUGCUGAGGGAGACGUACAAGACUCGUAUUAUACAGCGAAGAAUUGCGAGGUUACAAAAGGAUAAAGAUGGUCUUGCACUUAAAGUUGUAGUAGAGGAAGAGUGUGAACAUACGGCCAUUGCGAUAUGGAAGGCUAUCAAACGGCCCGCAGCUGUAUUUGGAGGAUCUUUCGUCCUGCAAAUUUUGUCGUUUUAUGGGGCAAUCAUGUUUACAUUCUAUUACAUCAUGUCGACAACAUUACCAGAGGUACUGAAAAAUGUCUAUGGGUUUCCUCCGGCAACAAUUGGUUCUUCUUUCUUCGCUUUUAGUAAGUAUUUGGCCAAAAUACUCCUAAUCUACAUAUCUGACUAACGCAAAUAGGUGUCGGAUCAGCGGUUGCCGUCUUUGUUUGCAAUGUGCUUAUAGACCGAAUCUAUAUCUAUCUUCGAACUAAAAACAACAAUAAAUCACAUCCAGAAUACCGAAUGCCUCUCACUGUAAUCAGUGCUUUUAUCCUUCCAAUUUCCAUCGUUCUUUUUGGAUGGACAGCCCAAAAUGGAUGGCCAGUUGCCUUGCUUCUUUCCUUGAUCGGCCUCCAGGGUUUUUCUAUUCUAACGGGCAUGGUUCCGCUUAUGGCUUAUGUAGUCGAUGCAUUUGGAUUAUAUUCAGCAAGUGCUUUGACAGCCGUACUCAUCACGAGAUGUUUGACGAGUACAUUUUUACCAUUAGUUGUUGGACCAUUGACUGAUGCUCUUGGAUAUGGAUGGGGAUUUAUGAUUAUUUCCGGCAUCUGUCUGGUGGUCGCACCGAUUCCAUUAUUGGUUAUGAGAUAUGGAGAGAAGUGGAGACAGUUGUCUACAUAUACGAGGGAUGAAUAAUUUAUGACGAAUUUAUAAAGGAUAAAAUUUUGUAUUGGGCGGGCAUGGAAGCAUAUUAGGUUAGAAGGGAUUUUUCAUUUUAUUACGAGAAUAUAGACCGAUAUAUCAUGAAAUAAUAUGUAUAUAUAUAAAGUUACUCUCGUUUAUCCACUCUCAAAGAUUUUGAGUAUCCUAAGCCUUCCUGUUCAAAUGUCAAAGGCUGGAUGGAGUAAGUACUUCAAGUAACGUAAUCGUCUAAAUCACCUGUUGUUUCUAGUAAUACAACCAUUCACGAAAA